AUUUUACGUUUCUUCGAAAAUUCUUACCUUGAAAACGAGGCUAGGAUGAUACAUCUUUUUGCUUAGGCCAAAAUGGAGGAUCUUCAAGCACUCAGGUCAAUAUUUCAGAAAGUUCAAGACAGUGUCACUUCCCAUAAGCUUUCUGACCGAAAUUGUAUCGAAAUUAUAAAUAAGCUAACGAGUCUCGGUCUUCUUGAAGUUAUUUAUACAACGGACGGGCGAGAAUACUUGACACCGCAACAGUUAGAAAGAGAGAUUAGAGACGAAGUUAUUGUUAAUGGAGGACGAAUCAAUUUAGUAGACUUGCAGCAGAUCAUCAAUGUAGACUUAAGUCACAUUGAGAGAAAAGUUUCAGAAUUGCUUAAGCAUGAUAGGACAUUCACUCUCAUUCAAGGGGAACUUAUUGAUCAUGACUACUUGGAGCGAGCUGCAGAAGAAAUAAAUGAAGCUUUGCAAGAUGCAGGUCAGAUAUCAGUGACAGAUCUAAGCAAAACCUUCAACCUACCUGCAGAAUUUCUUCUGACCGUUAUCGAGCCUAGACUUGGAACAACCAUUCAUGGACAAGCAGAUCCACUUGAUCGAGGCAUGCUUUUCACUGAUUCGUUUGUAGCAAGAAACAUUGCGAAAAUCAGAGGUGCCUUAAGUGCCAUAACAAGACCUACACCUGUUUCAUCUUUGGUGUCGCAGUAUGGAUUGCCAGAAAAGUUCUUUGCCAGCGUCCUUGAAAAGUUGGUCUCUUCCGGUCGUUUGGCAGGAACAAUUCAAGGAAAACUUGACAAGGCAGUCUUUAUCCCAGACCUUUACACUCGAACUUUGAAUACAUGGGUGUCGUCAAUUUUUCAGCAGAAUGGAUACAUUGAAUAUGAUGGAAUGCAAAGACUUGGCAUUACCGAUGGAAAGCAGUUCCUUAAACGCCGCCUAAAAGAGAAGGAAAGCUCUCUUGUCUUUCUACAAACUUGCUGCGUAGGUAAGAAUAUUCAAGAUCACAUCGAGGCUGCUAUUGAUGAAGCAAUAACAACUGGCGGUUGGGUUCAUACAAAGUCGUUGUUGCCAUCCCCACUUACUGACGAGGACAUCCAUCAGCUUUUGCAGCACUGCAUGACGUCAUCACACAAAUCAGGUUCCCAGAUCUUCUGUGAUGGCAUUGUCGUCAGUAAUCAGUUCAUAGAGUGCAAGAAAAUAUUUGAGCCAAUAAUGAAAGAGAAAGCUGAAAAUGCGAUUAGAACUUCUCCUGCGCUAUUCGCAGAAUUGUCAAAACAAGAACGUGCAAGCCUAACCGAAUCAUCCAAAGCCGACCAGAAACAAGCAAAGAAGGAGGAACGACAAAAGAAAGCAACUUUAGGUGGAGGACAGAAAGGAGGGGCUGGAAGAGGUGGACGGGAGACGAAAACUCGAAAGGUAAAAGAUAAGGGAAAGUACAAGGGAAAAGGUCAGCAAGAUGGUGAUGAUGAUGAUGAUGAUGAUGAAUAUACCGAUAAGAAGUCAGGGAAGGAUGCUUCGAGUAUGCUGUUUAGCUUUUUGCCACCGGAUGAGAUCGAAGAACAUUUAACUGUAGAGAUUAAUGGUCUGGCUGAUGGCCUUUCAACAGAAUUGGCCCAAUAUCUUUACAGACCCUUAUCACAAGAGUACAAGGAGGCUGCAAAAUCUCUUUUCAACAAAAGGCCUGGCACAUCAUCGAAUGUAGCCAACAAGAAAAGCCAUUCUGAAUACCAAGAAAAGAUUAAUGGGCUGUACGCAAAUAUACGAUUGUUUGAAAAGGGAAUAAAAUUACUUGACGCUGACACGCAAGUGCAUUUGUGCAAACACCUCUUAAGGACAGUAUGCCAGGAUGUUGUCAAUCUUAUUUUCGAGAUGGUUGCUACCGAAAACCUUCUGACGCUUGCUGACAACGAAUCAUUUACGACCGAGAGUCGAUUAAAACUUUUGAGUAAGCUCGCUGGUCCAAUCAAGCAACCACUCACGAAGUUAAACGGCUCCCUAAGUGCAAAGAACCUCGACGACUUUUUUGAUCAACUGGAAACAAUAACUGCAUCCGAAUAUUGUGAUGUUUUGCUCAAAAAAGUUGACAAAAAGAAAGAAAGACAACUUGCAUUCAACCACCGACAAGCUCUCCUGGACCAGCUGGAUAGAGAAACUGAACCAGCAAUGGCUCUUCAUCUUGUUGUCGUUAUUCUUUUCCAGUUUCAAACAUCCUGCGUUAUACACGCGCCAGGGCGUUGCGUCCCGCAGAUAAUCAAUUUUCUCCAACAGUACUUAAACCCGGAUGAUUUUGAGCAACUCAAUCGGUACCAAUCCCUUGUUAUUAAGCAGUUGUCAAAUAGAAGUACAGAGAACAAGGCUGGGGAGGAGGACAAGGAAGAGGACAAAGAGGCGGACAAAGAUCAGGCUGGAGCAGGAGCAGUCCUUUCCGAGAACAUAAACAAAAUCAAAGCUUUAGUGGGAAAACCAAAGAAAGUUCAGUCAGAAUAAACGUGACGGAAUGUUUAUUUUCAAUGAACUAUACAUACAUGUAUUAAACAAAUAUUAUACAUCUAAUAAUCAAUUUAUUCAUA